GUGCUCAGAGCCCAAGAAGAAAGCUGCGGAUAGUAAGAAAAGGGUGAAUACUGGGACAGGAGCUACAAUGGAAGCACAAGUGAUGAGUAAAUGCCCUGCUGGUGGUGGGCACAGAGACUCAGAUACAGAGGAUAUGACAGAGAGGUCUAACACAGAGGACUUGAUCUCAGAACCUACCAAGGAGGUCUUUGUACUUCUGGAGAAGGAUGAAUCGGGAUUAUCGUGUGAUGUGAGCAGCGCGAUCGCUGAUAGCAGGGACAAAGAGAAAGAAAAGAAACAGCCUUCUGUAAAAAUAAUAGUGGAGGAGGAUACGACUUCUGUCGCUAGUGUGGAUAAACCUCAAGACCUUCCAAUGUUGCCUACUGACCCACAGAGGAACGUUUAUUCUGCUGUGGAUGAUCUGAGGCUCAGUGAAGACAGACUUCAUAGCGGAAAGAAACAGCAGGAAUCACAGACAGCCUCAUCUUUGGGCACCGAAACAAGCAAAACACAAGUAACAUGGGAUGAGGAUACAAGCAGCACUGUAAACACUUAUUGUGUUCUUUCCGGUAAAGGCAGCAGUGGUUGCGAGGCACAAACCUCACGUUCACAAACAGACUGUUCGGAAAGAGCAGAUCCACAUUUGGCUGAACCGGCGGGCAUCGGGUGUCCCCCAAAGAAGGCUGAACGAACUGAAGCCGUCAAAGCUAUUUCGGAGAAUGAGUCUGGAAUUACUGCAGUUUGUGAUCUCAAAACGGGCAUUCAAGGCAAAGAACCAGACCUCUUGAGUAUUGAAUCAACUCAUGCCAAUUCCAAGUCAACUGAUAUAAAUAAUACAUUCUAUGAUGAUAUAGACUGCACUCAUAAGGAUUUGGUCCUAUUGAAUAUAGAGGAAGAGCUUGAUGAGAAAACAGAAGCAUUAAUUGCGCUUAACACAAAAAUGAAGCCGGACAAACGCUGGGAAAAGACAAAUCCAGUUAAGAGUGGUUCACAAACUGAGAAAGAGCAGGCCACAGCCCCAGAUGAGCAUCCACAGGUGAAAGACACACAGAAAAGGGAAGUAAAAAGAGACCGUGUCACAGACAACAGGAUUGGGCCAUGUGAGUCAAACCAGUGUGAACCUGAACUACACAUGUCACCUUCAACAGGUGUCCCAGGAAAUACAAAACCACCACAUCCUCCUCAGCCCCCACCAAGGCCAAACGCCAAAGGUACAGACAAAAGACAAACAAUAAAAUCUAUUCAUUCACAGUUUGAUAAUGUAGAGAGCAAUGAUGGAAGUGUCUCCUUACAACAGCAGACUACAACUUAUACUGGAAAAGCAAAACCAGUAUCCUCUUCCCCUGACACAUGCACCUCCAUCACCAACCAUCAACAUUUAGCUGAUGACUCAUUAGAACAAUGCAAUGUGAUUACCUCCCCUCCUCUCUCUGUGCCAAAGCUAGAGGAUAGUGAUGGGCAGAGACAGGUUGUUCCCAUGCAGAGGGUGAGAGAACCUGUCUGUUACACUCAUGUCACCACCCCACCAGCCAUCACUCACCUUCUGCCUGAGAGGGAGAUGGCGAGCGCAGUGCCAACACAACAUAACAACAGUAUGGAUUUCACCCAGACAGAGGACAGAACAACAGGUGCCUCUAUAGAUCCAUCUGUUCCAGUAGAGAGGCCUAAACCGAAGGGGCCUCCUCCACCUGUCCCAAAAAAGCCCCAAAAUCCCUUUAAGAUUCCAGCUACAAAAACAAGCUCUAUGGAUGAACAGAAAAGAGGUGAUGAUUAUCAUCACAAAGAGGAAAAGAAGAAGAGGAGACAACCACAUCAAGUCAGCAAAGGAAAUACUUGCAACACAGCUUCUCGGGAUAUGUGUGUGUUAUGGGAUGACACAGGUUCUUCUUACACUGUACCAUCCAACAUGUACACACCAGAUCAUUUUGAUUCAUUGGAUGAUUUUUCACAACAACAAAGGGCACCAACUAGAGAGGAAAAGUAUAGAAAUAUCAUAGAUUUUGAUGCUUGGGCAAGAAUGGUGAAACUUGCUGCGGAAGAGGAGAAACCAAAACAACUUGACAUGUUGGAUGGACGACCUUUUUUGGAAAAGCAAGCUAAACUCAAAGGCCCACCACCUCCUGUACCCAAAAAGCCCCAAAAGCCAUUUGUUCCAUUAGAAACAGUUCCAAUCUCAGAGGACAUAGCUUGGCCUUCCGAUGACGAGGAGAUACGAGAACUAGAGCUGUCCUUGUGUGAGAGGAUGGAAGAUGAAGAUGAUGACCCUGAACCCCAACCUGACACGGUCAGCACAGAUGUCCGUUGGAAGAACCUUGGUGACCACAGAAUCCAUAGUGGUCUUGGUGAGCCUACCGAUCGCGAAUCUGUGGCUGAGCUUGAAACUGAGACAUACAGGCCUGUGGCUGAGCUCAUAAAGGAGACCAACCAGAUGCACCAGAGAAUCAGGCAUGCAGACCAGACAGACCCCCUCAUGGCCAAGUCCAUGAUCAGGCAUGCAGACCAGACAGAACGCUUCAUGGCCAAGUCCAUGAUCAGGCACGCAGAGCGGACAGAACCUCUCAUGGCCAAGUCCAUUGACGGGGCUGUGGACCUGGGCCAGAGCCUGAAAGUAUCACAGAUGCAGAGCCUGAAAGUAUCACAGAUGAAGAAAGCCUUCGAUUUCACUAAGAAGCCUGCUGAAAAACCACCAGAGACAAAGCCUGAACCCAAAAAAGAUAUGUUCAGGCGAGUGGUGCGAGCGAGUAAGUUCCGUCAUGUCUUUGGCCAGGCGCUGAAGAACGACCAGUGCUAUGAUGACAUCCGCGUCUCCCGGGUCACAUGGGACAGCUCCUUCUGUGCCGUCAACCCAAAAUUCGUCGCCAUCAUCAUCGAGGCCAGUGGGGGCGGAGCCUUCCUUGUCCUCCCUCUGCUAAAGACUGGUCGCAUAGACAAGGCCUACCCAACAGUAUGUGGUCAUACAGGUCCUGUCCUGGACAUCGACUGGUGCCCUCACAAUGACCAUGUCAUCGCCAGCGGCUCAGAGGACUGCACAGUCAUGGUGUGGCAGAUCCCAGAGAAUGGGCUGGUCACCCCGCUGGCUGAGCCUGUGGUGGUGUUGGAGGGGCACUCGAAGAGGGUGGGCAUCGUCACUUGGCACCCCACGGCCCGGAACGUCCUCAUGAGUGCAGGCUGUGACAACCUGAUCAUCAUCUGGAACGUGGGGACGGGCGAGGCCAUGAUCCAGCUGGAGGACAUGCACCCUGACGUCAUCUUCAGCGCCUGCUGGAGCCGCAAUGGAGCCCUCAUCUGCACCGCCUGCAAGGACAAGAAUAUCCGUGUCAUUGACCCCCGCAAGGAGAAGAUCGUGGCUGAGAAGGACAAGGCCCACGAUGGAGCACGGCCCAUGAGAGCCAUCUUCCUAGCUGACGGAAACAUCUUCACCACCGGCUUCAGCCGCAUGAGCGAGCGGCAGCUAGCCCUCUGGAACCCCAAAAGCAUGGAGGAGCCAAUAUCAGUCCACGAGCUGGACACCAGUAAUGGAGUGUUGCUGCCCUUCUAUGAUGCAGACACCAAUAUAGUGUACCUGUGUGGGAAGGGUGACAGUAGCAUCCGGUACUUUGAGAUAACAGACGAGGCUCCAUUCGUGCACUACCUCAACACCUUCUCCAGCAAGGAGCCCCAGCGAGGUAUGGGCUACAUGCCCAAACGAGGACUGGACGUCAACAAGUGCGAGAUUGCCAGGUUUUAUAAACUACAUGAGAGAAAAUGUGAGCCAAUCAUUAUGACAGUCCCCCGAAAGUCGGACCUGUUCCAGGAUGACCUGUACCCGGACACAGCAGGACCAGAUUGUGCCAUCGAGGCGGAGGACUGGUUUGAUGGGAAGAACGGCGAGCCCAUCUUGAUCUCCCUGAAAAACGGCUAUGUCCCCGGCAAGAACCGCGACCUCAAGGUGGUCAAGAAGUCUAAUGUCUUGGAGGGCAAGCCAGCCAAGAAAGCAGCAAACACCUCGCCUGCCGAGAGCAAGGCCUCUCCACAUCCAUCUAUACAAAAUGAAGGGAAACUGGAGGAGCUACUGCGAGAGGUCAAGUCGCUCAGGGACCUCGUCACCCUACAGGACCGUCGAAUUGCGAAAUUGGAGGACCAGAUGUCCAAGGUCGCCAUCUAAGACUCAGAUUCAUUGAUUGGGAGAUAAUCGAGUGAACAGGGCCAGUCACUGCCAAAAUUUGAGAAUUCGGCUUCAUCAUUCCGCUUGGAAUCUUCCCAGCGACGAUCCCAAGCACACAUUCCAAGAUGAACUUUGUUUUUUAUCAUGUCUACCCCUCACACUUACCUCUAAAAUACUUAGAGAAACAACUGUUGCAAUUCAUAGUCCACCUUUUUACUGGGGAUGAAACGCAUUUAAAUAACUGCCAUUUUUUGGUUGAUUGAAAAGUCUUACCAUUUUGUUAUUGUUUUAAAUUGUGGUCAAGAACAUUCUGAUGGGAAGUUUGUACUUACUGCAAUACUCUCAACAAUCGUAUGUAGCCACCAGUAUUGCCAUAUUCCCUUGAUUUUUGUGCUGCCAAAAAAAUGUUUGUGUGGGUGUGGGUUUUCAUUUAUUUUGUCUUUUCUCCUGUUUUGCAUUCCAGUUACAGACUAUAGGGUAAUAGAAUGAUUUAGGCAAAGAGAAUAAUUAUCUUUGAACCAACUAUAGCUGUUACACUGUUGCAAUAGAAAGAGAAAGAUAUCAGAUUUUUUCUGCCACGCCAGCUGCUCGUAUUAAGCAUCAGGUCACUGAAUGUGAAGGAAGUCUGACGAUAUUGUUAGUUCUUCUGGUUGUAGAUUUUAACUGUGGGGGUGUCGGCAGGCAGUGGCGUGAACUGCAGCUCUCGCUGGCAUAACUGUAGUGGUGCCUCUUGUCACGCUGUGGAGGGUAUUGGGGCUCAAUCUGAGGUCACCCACUCCGGUGCAUGUUGUGGCAUUGGAAAGGGACCUCUCUCAGCAUUUCUUUCACUCAACCAUCUAGUUCAUGUAGUAACGUGCAUGCAAUAAAGAUUUUACACAUGGAAAUGUCUUCUCCACAAUAAAUCCCUUAUUCUUUGUUUGCGCUAA